AUGGCCCAACAUCACAGAACAACGGUGCUCAUAACAGGCUGUUCAGAUGGCGGACUAGGUUCGGCGCUCGCCCUGGCUUUGCACGCCACCAACCGCUUCCGCGUCUUCGCCACAGGACGCAACUUGAGCAAACUCGGCAACGUCCGGUCCGCGGGCAUCGAGGUCCUCGCGCUCGACGUGCUCUCGGAGCAAUCGAUAUCGUCGUGCGUGUCGGAAGUACUCGCCCUCACGCCGGCUCUCGACAUGCUGGUCAACAACGCCGGCGCGGCCUACUUUGGCGCUCUGACCGACGUGUCCCUCACGUCGGCCCGAGGCCUCUUUGAGCUCAACGUGUUCUCGUGCCUCUCGAUGAUCCAGGCGUUCAUGCCGCUCCUGCUGCGCUCGACGCGGCCCGGCGGCGCGGUGAUUGUCAACCACACGUCCGUCGCGUCCGUCGUGUUUACCCCCUUCGUCGGCCUGUACGGGGCGACCAAGGCCGCACUGGCAAUGCUGAGUGCGACGAUGCGCUCCGAGCUCAGGCCCUUUGGCGUCAGGGUCGUGGACCUCAAGUCCGGAAGCGUAAAGAGCAACGUCAGCGAAAACAGUGCGAGUGGUGCCGAUGGCGUGCCCGAGAAGAGCCUGUACUACGCGGCGAGGGGCUGGCUGAACGCCCUGUUCACGGGAAAGCUGUUCGACGACCAGGCUAUCGACUCCGCCGUGUGGGCUGCCAAGGUGGUCAGGGAGCUCGAGAAGAAGACUCCACCCAACGAGAUCUGGGUUGGUGGUUUUGUAAACUUGGUGUGGUUCGCGGUGAAUUUCUUCCCCAAGAGUAUGGCGGAGAAGCUGGCACGCGAUACGGUUGGCAUGGAGAAAGUCGAGAAGAGCAUCGCUGAGUAUGGACGCGACAAAGCUGCCGAAGAUGCUUAUGGCAAGCUGUGA